AUGAAUUACAAUUACUCUAAUGAACGGAAUAAUUGGAAUCGAAGUGGACGGCCGCCUCAACAGUUCAAAGGUCAAGUUAAUCAAGUUCAACAACAGCAAAAUCAGCAGAAUUCUCAAACUACGCUAGCAACAACAAGAGUCCAUCAACAGCUACUUGAAAAUCAGCGAGUUAACUUAAAUUCGAAUACGAAUUCCUCUUCACCGCCUAUUCAACUACAACCACAAUUAAUCUGUACUCCUACUACUCAUAAAAGAGGCCUCGAUGAGAGCACUAGUGGAGUUAGACAAAAAUAUAAGAAAAAUACACAACACAAUCAAGAUAUAAAUAACAACAUGAAUACAUCAGUUAUCAAUGUAACAACAACUCUUCCUCAAGCACUACGCGAACAACAAAUUACUCAGUCACAACAUGUCCAAUCUAUUUCCUUUCAACAAUUAAAGAGAGCUGUAUCAAGUAAUUUACCAUGCUUUUUGAUAGAAUUUGAUCCAUCUGUAGAUCGUAAAGAAAUUCCAUUUGAUAUUACAGCGGCUAAUUUAUUAGAACAGUAUUUCUCAUUUAUGAACUAUAAUAUUACAUUUUCUCUUGUUGGUCAUACUGGUAAUAAAUUAAAAGUGGGCGUUAAUAAUAAAGAAAAUUAUGCUCAUUUAAUGUCAGCAAAUAUAUGGCCAGAUAAAGUUGAAAAUGUUGGUAUUACGGUUAUCAAGCCAUCGUAUAUACUAGAUACUGUUGGUAUUGUGGUUCGUUUCUUGGAUCAACAAUAUGACGAUGAAUUUGUAAAAAGUGAAAUAGAGCGAAAUUUUCAAUCAACCGAAAAUAUAAGAAACAUUAACUAUGCAUUUCAACGUCGUAAUAACGAUUAUCGUUUUAAUGUUAAAGUUUUACGAGAAUAUAAUUCUGCAUUACAACGUGGUCGUAUCUCUAUCGGGAAUAAUUUAUGCUCCAUUACACCAUUUAAAGUGGAAAUCGAAUGA